AUUUAUAUUAUUUUCUUUAUAGUCUUAUUUAGUAUGUGUGAGGAAACCGGAGCACCCGGGGUAAACCCACAUGGACACGGGGAGAAUCAUUAAGCCACCAUGGCACCCUAUAUUGUCAUGCCACUGUCAUCUGAGGAAAACUCUGUUGGUAUGGUCUCUGGUCGUGGGACAAGCAUCUGCAAUUCUUGCUCGGGCCUUGAUAACAAAUUGUGCCAUUCUUCUUUGGGUCCUGGGAAAAGCAGCUGCAAAAUACCUCAGGAGUUUAUGAGAAGUUAUGAUGGCCGGAACACCCAAAGCACCCAGAACUACAAGCAGCCUUUGCUCCGAGUCUGGGUAAUAGGCCCUGGAAAUAACAGCUUCAGUAUCUUCUCUGAUUGUGGAAAAACCAGCUGCAAUUCUUGCUGUGAUGCUGGAAAAAGCAGAUGUAAUUAUUUCCUGGACUGUGGAAAGAACAGCUGCAAUUCUUGCUCUGGCCCUGGAAACAGCAGCAGCAAUUUUUACACUGGGCUCUGAAAAAUCCAGCAGCAAUACUUGCUGUGAUUGUGGGAAAAACAACAGGAAUUCUUCCGCUGGUCCUGGGAAAGUUAUCGACAUAUAUGUGUUGGACUGUGGAAAAAACACAUCACAUCCUAGUUCUGGUCCUGGAAAACUCAGCCACAUUUCUUGCUCUGGUUCUGGAAGAACAAACCAGCAAUGUCGCUCUGUUGCUAGUAAAACAAGCAGCACUUUUCGCUCCUCCAUUCGAAAAACCACCAAUAAUUCUUGCUCUGCUCCUGGCCUCCUGGCCCCGGGAAAAAACUCCAUUUCUUGCCCUAAUGGUAGAAAACGCAGCACCAAUUGUAGCUGUGUCCAGGGAAAAGCAGCAGCAAUUAUUGCUCUGGUCCUGGCAAAAACCGCUGUAAUUACUUCUCUGGUCCUGGAAGAAACAGCUGAAAUCCUUGCUCGGACUAUGUUGAAAAAAGAUGAAAUUGUUGCUCGAGCCAUGGAAAGAAAAGUCACAAUUCUUGCUGUGAUGCUGGAAAAAGCAGAUGUAAUUCUUCCCUGGACUGUGGAAAGAACAGCUGCAAUUCUUGCUCUGGCCCUGGAAACAGCAGCAGCAAUUUUUACACUGGGCUCUGAAAAAUCCAGCAGCAAUACUUGCUGUGAUUGUGGGAAAAACAACAGGAAUUCUUCUGCUGGUCCUGGGAAAGUUAUCGACAUAUAUGUGUUGGACUGUGGAAAAAACACAUCACAUCCUAGUUCUGGUCCUGGAAAACUCAGCCACAUUUCUUGCUCUGGUUCUGGAAGAACAAACCAGCAAUAUCGCUCUGUUGCUAGUGAAACAAGCAGCACUUUUCGCUCCUCCAUUCGAAAAACCACCAGCAAUUCUUGCUCUGCUCCUGGCCUCCUGGCCCCGGGAAAAAACUCCAUUUCUUGCCCUAAUGGUAGAAAACGCAGCACCAAUUGUAGCUGUGUCCAGGGAAAAGCAGCAGCAAUUAUUGCUCUGGUCCUGGCAAAAACCGCUGUAAUUACUUCUCUGGUCCUGGAAGAAACAGUUGAAAUUCUUGCUCGGACUAUGCUGAAAAAAGCUGAAAUUGUUGCUCGAGCCAUGGAAAGAAAAGUCACAAUUCUUGCUCGAGCAAUGAGCCUGGCGAUACGCGUUAAAAUUCCUGCUUUGGUCAUGGAAAACACUGUUGCAAUUCUGCCAGCAGGCUGUGAUGUCUCUGGGUCAAGUGUUUGGAUAUUUUCCCCGGCUCUAUCAUUCACUGGGCAAGAGAUGUCAGGGCACAGAUAUAGAGACAUGUAGAGAGAGAGAGGACGAAGCUUAAGCCUCUCGCUGCCAGAAUGACUCCUGUGAAUCACAGGGCCAGUGCAUGCAGAGGUGUUAUCCUGCUCUUGUUUCUUUUGCUGAGUUUCACUACCCAGACAGUCCAAGCCUGUGGAGUGGCUGCUACUAUCGACAUACAGCAACCUGAGAUUACUGCAACAACUGUCCUUAAACUCUGCCUGUGCUGGUGGUGGUAUGUCUGGAGGUGAUUCAUUCAGCACAGGCUCUGCUGGGUUAACCAUGGGUGAACUGGGGCGAUUAAGUCCCAUUCCAGAUCUGAUGAGGCGACCAGCAGCUGUGGUGACCCAAGGAACCACAACUAGACCCAAAAUUAAGACUGGCAUGUCGGCAGUUAGUGGGGGA